CACGAUGCUGUUAUCGGUGACAACGUGCCAACAAACGUGGAGUCUGCACGAAGCUGCGAACAAAGAAGACCUCGUGCAUUUAGCAAUAACAGAGCAAGAUUGCCCGCGAUUUCCGGACACGGAUGGUGUGAGCAUUCCUUUAGUAGUGGCGGGCCAGGAGCUGUCUCAGAUUUUCUACGAUCUAAGAUCUUACGACGUCUUGAAUUGGAACAAUAUCAACAUAUUGCACGACGACACAUUUGAUAGAGAUACGAUCAGCAGAGUCACUAAGGCUGUAUCGACCCCUUUGCCGAACAAGAAAUUCAACAUGGUCUCUAGAUCGUUGUUCGCUUUCAAACAUGCCAAUUCUGAACGUAGCAAGAAAUACUACAUAAAAGAGAUUCUUGAGAAAUUUCACGUGGAUCAAUUGGGGAAAUGCUUUCUCGUGAUCGUCACUACAGACGUAGCUUUCGAUGUGAUGGAAGUUGCAAGAGAUUUGAAUAUGGUCCAGCCUGAUAGUCAAUGGUUGUACGUAAUCGCCGACAGUAUGGUACGAAAUGCUACGAAUAUUACCAGUUUCACCGAGUACUUGUCGGAAGGUGCAAAUGUGGCUUUCGCUUAUAACUCGACUGACAACGACACGUAUUGCGAUGCCAAACUGCUGUGCCGUGUCCAGGAGUUAAUUGGAAGCUUGGCUAACGCUUUAAAAUUGUCGCUGAUGAUCGAGAUUGAGUUGUACAAUCGUGUGAGCGAAGAGGAGUUUGAAUUCAUUCGACUGAACAAACGCGAGAGGCGUCGGGAGAUACUCAAAAACAUCCAAAUAAAGCUUACCGACGAUACUUUCGCUUCGGGCGGCGGUUGCGGCAAGUGCUUGUUUUGGCGAUUCGCCUCGGCCAUAACGUGGGGCAAUUUUUUUCUUCGUGGCAAAAAUAUUGCGCACCUGAUAGAUUCGGGGAUGUGGAUUCCCAGUCUCGGCGCGAAUCUGACCGAUGUCAUCUUCCCGCACAUUUCUCACGGAUUCCGAGGGAUCAGUUUGCCAGUCGCCACGUACCACAAUCCACCGUGGCAGAGCAUCUCGCUGACGAACUCCGGGGAAAAGGAAUACGGCGGUCUGAUCUUCGAUGUCAUCAAAUAUUUAGGCAAAAAAUUAAACUUCACAUACACCGUACUCAGCCCGACGAGCAAUCGGACUGUAAAAUUCACGCAAAACGAGACUCAAGCCGACGUGGUGUUAACGUCAAACACAAGGAAAAUUCCGAUGGAAAUAAUGGACAUGAUUCACACGAAGAAGGUCCUUCUCGCAGCCUGCGCCUACACCGUGAAUGACCGCGGAAGAGGGAAGAUCAAUUUCACCAUACCGAUUUUUAUUCAGACGUAUAGCUUCUUGACCGCAAAGCCUAACCAACUUUCUAGAGCGCUGUUGUUUACGGCGCCCUUCGCCAAAGAGACGUGGGCCUGCCUGGCAGCAUCCAUUAUUAUAAUGGGCCCGAUCUUGUACCUGAUUCACAAGUACAGUCCAGGCACGAAGACGUCAGGGCUCAACUCGUCCUGGCAAUGCGUAUGGUAUGUCUACGGAGCUCUACUUCAACAAGGAGGAAUGUACUUACCCCGUUGCGAUAGCGCGCGCUUGCUGGUCGGCGUCUGGUGGUUGGUCGUUAUGGUCUUGGUAGCGACUUACUCCGGAAGUUUGGUCGCAUUUCUGACAUUCCCGAAUAUGGACGUUGCCAUUCUGACAGUGGACGACCUUAUCGCUCAUAAAGGCAGAGUAACCUGGGGCUUUCCCAAUGGCAGCUUUUUGGAGGAGUACCUGAAAAAUGCAGAGGAAGAGAAAUAUCAUAUCAUGUGGGAACGCUCCGAAAUUUACAAUUCGACACAGGAGGUGGAAGUGAUCGAAAAGGUGAAGACGGGCAAGCACGUGUUAAUCGACUGGAGGAGCACUUUGAGGUUCUUGAUGAGAAACGACCUGUUAUCAACCGGCGGAUGUUCCUUUUCUCUGAGCACCGAUGAAUUUAUGGACGAGCCCAUAGCGAUGAUCAUCUCGCAAGAUAGCCCCUAUACGAAAAUUAUCAACGCAGAGUUACAUCGCAUGCACGAGUCCGGAUUGAUGACCAAGUGGAUAACGGAGCAAAUACCGAUGAAAGACAAAUGCUCGGACAGUUCCGGCAAGCAAGGCGUGGAUGAGCGCAAAGUAAACGUGUUGGACAUGCAGGGCAUCUUUUUCGUGCUUUUCAUGGGCGUAGUUGGGUCCAUAUUUCUCCUGUGCUGCGAGUUCUACUGGCACCGACGCCAAAUAACGAGGCGAAGCAAGCUAAUUCAGCCUUUCCUCUCUUGAGUUCAGGAUUCAGGAUCAAGACACACACACGCACACACACAGAUCGGACACGUUGCCGCCUGAAACAAACGCGUCGUUAGCAAAAGUUCUGCCUAUGCAAUUAUAGUAGAUUUUAUUAUCGCUUAUCCGCUGUUAUUUAUUGAAGAGGACCGCUCCGUUAUAAACGCAGCGAUUCCCCGGCUACGUUUAACGACGCUUUAAUUAGAGGCCUGUGUGAUAUGUAUUUCCUUCAUCUUGAAGCCUAUUCUUUUGUAAUGGAUAGGAUCAUUCAUUGUAUACCGGCGAGACAACUACUCUGAACAUUUCAGACGGCUCCUUUAUUCACCCGAAA